ACCUAGCAAGUCAAGGGGACGCGGAACAGAUCCUUACCAUGUUUGUGACCUCACCAGUUCCCCAGCCAUUCUCUACUCCAGGCUGGAAAAUUGAAAAGAAGUAUUCCACUAAGGUGCUCGUUGGAAACUGGGUGGAAGAAAGGAGGAAGUUUGCCAAAGCCACUGACCACUCCCCGAAGUGUACUUGCGGGAAGGAGUAUGUCUUCUACCCAGACCACAGACCAGACCAAAUUUCCAGGUGGUAUGGGAGAAGGAGAGGAGAGGGUCUCCCAUACAAGAACCUGACUACCCACCACCAGGAGCUCCCUCACCGUCAUCUGGUCAGCACCUAUGAGGACCAUUACAAUCGGCACAGUUAUAAUCCUUGUGUGCCUCCCCUGCGGAUCUGGAAUGGACAGAGGUUGCUGUGGCUGCCAGAAAAGUCUGACUUUCCCCUUAUUGAUCCCCCCACAAACUACGGACUGUUUGAGCAGCUAAAGCAGAAGUGGCUUACAUCCAAGACUUGCCUGAAGGAGAGCAUUUACUCUACAUCCUACCUCAGGCCGCCGGUGCAGGCCAUGUCCAGGAGGGAGCAUGCCCUCCUGGCCCUUCCUGCUGGACUGCAACCCAUCCCGCGAUUCUGACGACUACCACUCCUCCUGCAGUCUGGCCAGAGCCGGCAGGAGACCCACAGCCUCACUGGACUCGUCAGGCGGCGAGCAUCUGCUGAUAUACCCCAAGAAUUAAUGACGAUCCAUUGUUGGGGGGCGAGGGGAAUGUCCUCUUGGAAUCAUGAUCUCUGUU